GGUGACUGUGUUAAAUGACCUGCAACAGAGUUUCUCUUUAUCGCACAACAGUUAGCGUUGUUUCUUGUUUGAUCUGUGUUAGUAAAGCAUACCUGGCAUUUCAAAGCUGAUCAGAAGUAUUUUCUCCCUGCGGAUAAAAACUUUAGCUCAUGUAUGAUUGCUGAAACCCCGAGGGAUUCCCUGAAGGAAAAAGCUGGAAGCUGGAGUGACAGGUUUGCACGUGGCGCUUGGUCAUGCCAGGAUGUUAGAAGAGACAUCACUCAAAGCCAGUCACCAUGGAAACCCUAGAGUAGGCCCCAGAGGAAGUGAUGAAGACAGAGGAGAGAUACUAACAUGUGUUGAUACGAACCACCAAAGUGGUCUCUACCUACAGUCCUCUGAGACCUGCUGUCCCACGAGAAGCUUUCAACUACAUGAUGAUUUGAAUGAGUUCUCUAAUGAGUGGUCGUCCAUUGGAGACGUGAGCCAAGAUGUUUCCUUCUCUCUUGAGGGCUGUGUCAAGCUGGAGAGGAGGUGGAUGCUGUGGUAUGAAUUCAAGAAGGAACUCUCCUGCUUGGACGACUGGCUUCGAUCAGCUGAGAAAAUAGCAGCGUCCCCGAACUCCAGCCAUGUGCUGUAUGUUACAGCAAAAGAGGAGUUACAAAAGUAUGAGAACCUGCAUGCAGAGGCCAGGAUGCGUUUAAACCAGCUGGACGGCCUGACACAGAAGAGUCGAACUCUGGUCGGCCUGUUUAGAGGUACUAUGGGCGCACGGCUCGUAGAAAUGACGAAGGACUGCGGACGGCGCUGGGAUCAGCUCAGUAACACAGUGGAAACUGUGUGCCGCAGGUUAAAGCAUUUGGUCUGCCAGCGGGAGGAUUUUGAGAGGCAGAGGGAAGAGAUGGCAGUGUGGCUGGCUGAUAUGGACCUCAGACUGACUGAAGUGGAGCACUUCUCAGGCAAAGACACCUGCUCGAAGAUGCACCAGCUUCAGGGGUUUCAAGAGGCGGUUGGAGAGAGUGCAGGUAAACUGAACGAUUUACUCCAGCAUGGAGAAGAGCUUAUCCAAAGGAGCGAGCCGGCGGACGCCCAGGCCAUCGAGAGCCAUCUGCAGGAACUCCUGCUCCACUGUACUCGUGUCUUUCAGGGCCUGGGCCGCCUGCACACACGCCUGCUCAGCAUGAGACUGGUUUUCGAAGAGGAUUGGGCUCUGUGUGCCCCUGACUCUGGCUGUCCCUCUGAGAGUAUGCUGGAGGAUGAGUGUUUUUUAGAGCGCACCAUGGCGCAUCAGUCUCAGGCCUGCCUUCCUCAAUCCAGUCAAGAUCACCAGGUUCUGGAGUGGGACCCUUCGGUGGACAUUGGUCGGUCAAUCUCCCGGGAUGACACGGACUCGUCCUCCUUCAGUGCUGCUGCAGAUGAACUAGCCAAAUAUCCUCUGAGGAGGAGAGUCUACAAGAGUCCUGUGGACUCGCAUCCAGACAGGGGAUCUGUCAGCUUCAAGCAGCCAGGCGUUGAGAAGAGCUUAGAGCGUGCGGCCCCACCCCAGAUGCCAGUGCCAGUCAUCAGAGCCGGCAAGCCUCAGUACGCCAAACAAUUUAAGACUUCAACACCUGAAACUAGGUCUCCUGAGCCUGUGACCUUUGACCCUGACCGCAUCAGCGCUUGGCUGGGCCAGACGCAUCAACUUUGUUCUAAAGCCGUCCAGACGGAGCAUGUUUCACAGCCUCGCUCCAGUUUUUCAUCUCUGCCUUCCGGAAAGGAGGAGGGAGUUGAGUAUCAGGAGAACGUGCUCCCCCAGAGACGCCCCCACCCACAGCAAACUCUACACACGUGCUACAACCCCUGCCCGUCCCCGUCAUGUGACCAAUGUCACGAAGACCCACAGAGGCAGCAGGAGAGACUUUCUUUCCCCGACUCAUUGGAGGACAACACCUGUACAAAGUGGAGUCGUGGCCCGAUUAAACCGAAGACCUCUACUAGCAGCCUAUGGCAAAGAGGCCCCUGGCAGUUGUGGCCCCUGAGUUUUUUUGUCAUCCUAUUUGCCCUCCUGCUUGCUGUGAUGAUCUGGUACCUCAUUUCAGUCCACGAUACCUCAUGUCAUCGGUCCAAUACCCUGACCCGCUCAUUUCACCUGGCCCUACAUUAUAAAGGACCCCCUCCCACCUGAGGACGCAAGCUGCAAUAAUUACAGGAACGACAAAGAGUUUAAUAAGCACAUAUGGGAUUGUUUUCAGGGUU